UUUAGUCAGAUUUGAGUGCAAGCAUUAUUGGAGUCCAUCUAUAAUACUAUGUUGGAUAACGGGCUAUUAUUGGAAUGGCCAGAAUUGAGACGAGUUAUAGCGGAAGGCCGAUGUGAACUUAGUUUAACUUCUAUUCCAGCUGGGGAUCGAAAUCCAGACAUCAACGAUGAGCAGUUGCAAGAUGAAAUUUUUUCUAAUACUUCGCUCAAUUAUACUGAACUUACUCGGGUUGAACUGAACAUUUUGCAUACCUGUGUUGGGAAGUCAUCGAAGCUAAAGAAGCUUAUAUUGCACAGUAAUGCUUUAGUACAUAUUCCGGAUAAUAUUGGCGACUUAAAAGAAUUACAAUUUCUUGACUUGUCAACAAACAAACUUGCUGGACUCCCAGUGACAAUAGGUUCUUUGUCUCAUCUUUCAACGCUCUUACUUGCGCAUAACAAGAUUUCGUUACUACCCGACAUGUCGAGCCUUGUUUUUCUGCAACACCUUGAUGUGUCUCACAAUCAGUUAACCGAAUUUCCAACCUCGUUCCCUAUUCAGUCAAAAUUGCACACUUUGAUCCUUAAUUCAAAUCAUAUCAGGGAAUUGCCUAUCGAAGUGAACUCACUGAGCGACAAUUUGAAGACCGUAAAUUUGUCAGAUAACGAAAUCGUCGAUCUUCCAUUUUUGUUUUGCAAUUGCAAAAAAAUAAAAACGCUAGAACUCGCUAACAACAAAUUUUCGGAUAAUCGUUUUAAAAAAUUGGUGGAGGACCCAAGGCACAAAACUGUUGCGCUAAUAGAUUAUCUGAAAAAGAAAGCAUCAAAAACACUGAUAAAGAAUAAUGAUGAAGGAUCCAAACCAAACUCAGCUAGAAAUAACAUUGAUAGAGACGAGUGUGUAUCAAAUAUUCCAUUAAUCACAAUCAAUUAUGGAAAGAAUAGUGUAUUAAUUGAGAGAACGAAAGAAAUGUUGGAAAUUCGUCCAUAUAUUGUUUGUUGCGUUUUAAAGGACUGCUCAUUGAAUGCGGAAAAAAUAAAACAAUUAUUAAAUAUUCAGAAUAAGUUACAUUCAUCAGUUUGUGAAGAGAGGACUAUUGCAAGCAUCGGAACACACAACUUCCGUAGACUUCAACCUCCCCUGAUUUAUGGAGCUGUUGAUCCUGAUGUAUUAAUGAUAACACCAUUACAUCGACAUAAAAAAAUUUCUGGGAAGGAAUUACUGUCGAAUUUGGCAAAUGAAGCGGAACUAGUUCGGAAAAAAGAAAAACGAAACAUGGUGUCAAACACUUAUAAGUACAUGUAUCUCAUUCAAAAGCUACCUCUUUAUCCAUGCCUAAUGGAUGCGAAUGGCUUGAUUAUCAGCAUACCUCCCGUGACAAAUUGCGAGGAGACAAAGCUUGAUGUGGAUACGAAAGAUAUAUUGGUGGAAGUAACCAGCGCUGUAACAGAGAAUGCUUGUCUAGAAAUAAUGGAUACAUUCAUCGACGAAAUUGUGGUGCAAGGGUGCUUGACGAAUUUAGUUGUUGAACAGGUUAAGAUCAGACAACACAACGGUGAACUAUUAGUAGCUUAUCCCAGUAAGAACGAUCUUCGGAUAACGAGAUGUAUUGUGGAGCGGAAACUAAUGGAUGGAAGUAAAACAUGUGGAAUAUCAAAACUAGUUCAGCAACCUUGAACACAAUAGCGGUACAUUGUGCCAAGUGUUCACUGAAAUAACUUUCAUGCCUAUACAUUGUUGUAGGCAAGCGAUUCAAUAUUUGCCACAGUUUACUGUUUCUAACACUAAUAUCAACUGCUGCUCAAAGUCUCGAAUCUUUACAAUUGUUGAAGUGUGCAAAAUAAAGUUGGUAUGUUACCUUGGUCGGAAAUAGCCUAAUUUCUCGAUCGUGGUUUUACCUGGAC